UUUGAUUUCUCCUUGCCUCCAAAAGUUACCGUGCAGUGCUCUGAUCUUGGCGCCUCUUUCUGCUUUCUCUCGCGCAACUGCUAGUCAACUGCGAAGUUCACUUCUAAUCACCGAACAACUUCACUGAGAAGGCUAUUAGCUGCCUCAACACUGAUUCUCGGCUCAAUUCCCUCAUACCCAUGUCAUUGCGAAGGCGAAUCUUGCUCAAGGUCAUCGUCCUCGGCGACAGCGGGGUGGGGAAGACGUCGUUGAUGACUCAAUAUAUACAUAAGAAGUUUAAUCAGCAAUACAAAGCUACAAUUGGCGCUGAUUUUGUCACUAAAGAACUCCAGAUUGAUGACAGACUGGUUACUCUACAAAUAUGGGACACUGCUGGUCAAGAGAGAUUUCAAAGUCUUGGAGUUUCAUUUUAUAGAGGGGCAGAUUGUUGUGUCCUUGUGUACGAUGUUAAUGUUUUGAGGUCUUUUGAUACCCUUGACACUUGGCAUGAGGAAUUUCUCAAACAGGCAAAUUCUCCUAAUCCUAGGAAAUUUCCGUUUAUAUUGCUUGGAAACAAGAUUGAUAUUGAUGGGGGAAACAGCCGUGUGGUCUCUGAGAAGAAGGCAAAGGACUGGUGUGCUUCAAAAGGAAAUAUUCCCUACUUUGAGACAUCUGCAAAAGAGGACUACAAUAUCGAUGCUGCUUUUUUGUGCAUUGCUAAGACUGCUCUGGCUAAUGAGCAAGGGCAGGACAUAUACUUUCAAGGUAUUCCAGACACUGUUCCUGAGAAUGAGCAAAGGGCCGGGUGUGCAUGCUAAUAUGAAAAUUCAUAUGAUUUAUCUUAUAUACUUGAUCCUUCGACUCACAUUGUUUUUUGGUCCAUAGUGAUUCUCCACCCCUCCUCCUUUUUUGUAAUCUCAGUAGACUAAAUUGGUUUGUGUUGGGAACUUAUAUAUAUAUAUAUUAGACCUUUGUAACCUCACUUUGGUGGUUUGCCACAAGUUGUUUAAGCUUAGAUGUUCAGGUUCCUUCGAAAGAAAAUUGUUUGAGUAAAAUGUUUCAAAUGGCAUUUUAUUUGACUGUGCCUUUGAUUUUAGGCUACACAGAACAAGACUUGUAUUUGAGUUAGAGAGUUGUUUAAUUAUUGUAGUUUGGUGAUUGGUAA